CUCUCUCUCUCUCUCUAUCUAUCUCUCUGUGUGUAAACUUGGAUUGAAUAAAAAUGGCAAUCGGGAAGAAGAGCUUGAUGUCAUCGGCACCAUGGAGGGACGAAGAGGAAGCCACCGAGGAGUCCCAAGACGCAAAGCUCAAGGUCACAAAGCAGCAGCCUGGAGCUGAGUCAGUGAUGCACGUGCCUCGCAAGAAGAAAGACAAGUCCAAAUGCCACGACCAUGACAAUUACGAUGAUGAUUCCCUCGUCGAGAUUGACCCCCAGCUUCGCUACAGCUUUCAACGUAACUACCAGUUUCUUCAACGAGUAUUCAGCAUUGACACCAUUGUGAAACCUCUUCCGCCUGCCAUGGCCUACAAUGUUUCCCGCAACUUGAACUUCUUCACGCGCAUUUCCACACAAUUCUUUUAACCAGAAGGUAUAGCAAAUGCCCAAAAAUCUUUAGGGAUAGGACAGGAGGAGAAGGCUCGUCGUAUUCAUUGAAAAGGAGAGAGAAAAAAGGAAAAUGA